AUGGCCAAAGAAAAGACCCAAAAGAAAUCUAGUACUGUAAAGAAACUCUCACCAUAUAACAAGUUUAUGAAGACCGAAAUUGUUAAAGUAAAAGCUGAAAAUCCAAAUUUACCGCACAAAGAUGCUUUCAAAAUGGUCGCUCAACGUUGGAAAGACUCGGCAGAAAAUCCUAAAAACCAAAACCAGAAGUAA